CCUUGGAAUACAUUACUAAAUUUCGUUCGAACAUGAAAAGGGUAGUUGUUGGCAAUGAAGAAGUUGAGGGCAAGCCAGAUAUCGAUAUACCACGGCGGUUAAAUGUCAGUUGCUCUAAGCCUCAGGGGUUGAUUAGACUUUGCGGGGUUGAAAGCCCCUAGUAAGCCAUCGCUUUUUAACAAUCGGGAUGUACGUUAUUUGGCGACGGUCCACGGGACAACAAUUGGGCCUCUGACAGAAACAUUCGCGGGGUAAAGUAUGAUUCCGCGCAAGUUCUUAGUUCAUGCUUAAUUUCAUCUUCAACAUUGACUGAACAUUGGCCAGUGACUGAUGGCACCUAAGCAUUCUUAGACAUGCAUAAUUCAUAUUAGCCAGCAAGAAUCACAUAUGUUUUGACGCCAUCUCAUGCAGUCUUUAUCAUCUUGUGCUCAGGUUUACUCCUUUACAUCCCAAUUUCUCUAUUGUCAACAAAGGGGUUGGCUUCAUCAUUUCAGCCUAAACCAUUCCGUGAUCUUAGCCGCCGUUUCCUCCUUUCCUGCGUGCCGCGUUGGCUUCAAUAUUGCAACUGGCAGUGAUCUCUAUUACCUGGGGCGGAGAAGUAUAAAGGAGUGAUGAUCCCCCCUCGAGGAGUGGUCUCAGUUAAAUUCUCAGAGCAUCAUUCACCAAUACAGUAUAUACAUUGUUCUUGAAGCCAAAUCCCAACAAACAACCACCAAAAUGAAGAUCUCCGCUGCCACCAUCGUCCUUGUUAUUGGACUUGCUGUUGCCGCCCCUGCUGCUGAACCAGUUGCUGAGCCAGCCGCAGUCCUCGAGGCCCGUACCUGUCCCGCAGGUCCUAUCGUCGAGUCUUGCUGGAAUACCUGCAAGAGUCAAGGCAAGACUGGUGCUGCAUACACCAAGUGCUGGAAAUGCUGCGGUGCAACCUGCACCACCUGCUAAAGGGGGUCCUCACUACGCUGCCUCAAGGUCGAUGCAUUGGUGGUGGCAUUGGAAUUGAUAUGUGGAGGCUCGAAACGUGGUAGAUAGCUUGGCAAAUUCGGAUACUAUGGCUACAGCUGUAAGCGCAAUUAAAGCCUUUAUAUUCUCUUGGUGGACAUGGAAAUCGAAGUAAUUUUGUAUGUCUAAUAUUAUUAUUAAAUUGUACCCC